AUGCAGCCUACUGUGGCUUUAUCUACGUGUGAGGCUGAAUAUGUAGCGAUGACGCCAGUCGUACAGGAAGCAAAAUACCUCCUGCAAUUGCUGAACGAGAUGAACUGCACAAAGGAACUGAAACAAGCAAUAUUACAUUCGGAUAAUCAGAGCGCAAUUUGCAUAGCGAAAAAUCCUAUUACAAGUCAACGGCAACAGGCACUUGUUUACGUUUCGGCUUGUAAUAACAUCGCUAUUCUUUUGGGAUUGAACCAUGAAAAACUGAUUUUUAAGAAAAUAAACGAUUCUCUGCUUGAAUUUAUUUUUGGUUCAGCAAAAAUAACCAUGGAACAAACAAAAAUGGUUCCUGUUCGAGAUACUGGUCCUACAAGGCCAGGUAAAAAUGUUACUGGUGAUGACCGAGUGGUAGCUGAACACCAGUCCAGCCAACAUCGAAGGAUGGUCAGUACAUGGGAUAGGGGGGAAAUUGAAGACCGAUACUUGCGUUUAUAUGAAGAUCAUCUCUACUUGAAGAAGCACUGUCAUAAACAAGAAGAUCGUCUCAAAAGGCUUGGUACAAAAGUGAUGCAGUUGGCUGUUGAUCGCAGGAAAGAAACUACGAAUGGUAAAGUCAAAAUCACUGGUGGCAGUAGCCUGGCAAGUGUUAAAAUAAAUGAACUGGAAACUAAGAUCUAUGAAUUGGAAAGGCAAAAUGCUCAAUUGAAAGAGAAGCUGAAAUUAACCAAACAGCAACUCUUGCUUGCCAGCAAACAGCCUUCUGCCUAUAAUCAUAUUCAGUCACGUAUAAAUACGGGGAUUGUGAAAGCUGCUUCUGACCAGAGACUGGUGAAAAACAGAAGAGUAAUGGGGCCUCAUGUUAAUGGACAUGAACAAAGAAUAAUGCAUGACACUGAAUCAGCUGCGUUAAUGGAAAAUUUAGUCAUAGAAAGACUUCAAGAAGAAAUUGAGGGACUGAAGAAACAAAUUUUUAUGUACCAAGAAGAAGUAGAAGAAUUACAUGAGCAGAAUAAGAUGAAAGAAGCAGAUUUUGAAGAGAAUAUAAUCAAAUUACAGCAACAGAUGAGUGCAGACCAAAGAGUUAAUGUGGAAGAAAACAUUGAAUUGAUCCGAUUACAAAGGCAGGUGAAGGAGAAGUCUAACGACUUGAUCAACCUACAAAUGAAAUACCAAAAAAUAGAAGAAAAUUUGCGUACCAUGAAGCACAGUCAUGAAUCUGUCUUAGUGGAAAUGGAUCGUCUUAAUUUGCAAAUAAAGGAUGAGCAAAACAAAAAAUUGACUUUGCAACAAGAGCUGAAGAUUGCUGCAGCCAAAAAUGCCUUGGUCAUUGAGCUUCAGUAUUAUAUGCACUGCCACCCAACUGAAACUGCUGUUGGAAAAAUAAAAGUGGAUUCUCCCUGUAAACACUGGCUGUUGUUAUCCUUGCUUCAAGAGCAAAUUGCUGGUUUACAAAAUGAUAAACAACUUUUAGUUGAUUCGAAUGAAAAAUUGACACGAAGUGCCUUUGAUAUGCAACGUGAAAGGGAAUGGCGUCAGAGGGAAUGUGCUCUUAAAGUACAGCUUGCACAGUUGGAAGCCACUUUGAAAGCAGACCUUGGCGAAAAAGGCAAUGUGAUAGACAGGCUCAAUACAGAAAUAGCUGAACAUGAAGCAGCAGAACAAAAAUUGAAGGAAGUACGCAUUGAAUAUUUCCAGUUGAAAGAAGAAUAUGAUGACUUAAAGAACAAGAUGAGUUUCUUUACUGAUAAAAGCUCUGUGGACUUAAUUGAAUUAGAAGAGGCUCUAAUGUUAGUGCGCAGUAAACAUCAAGAUGUCAAUAAAGUUCCUGAAUUUGUACAGAAGGUUGAUGUUGAAAUGGAUAAAGCCACCAAUCAGCGGGUCCAACAAUUGGAAUCUGAGUUUGCUGAAACUGUUCAUGAACUGGAGAAGACACGAAACAUGUUAAUCUUGCAACACAAAAUCAACAAAGACUACCAGAAAGAAGUUGAUGAUGCUCAUCAUAAAUUCGAGAACAUGCAGAGAGAAUGUGACUUGAAAUUAAGUGAAUAUGCCAGCCUCUUGGAUAUUAGGGCUGCACGAAUAAAGAAGUUGGAAUCCCAGUUACGAGAUGUUGCUUAUGGUACCAAACAAAUCAAGUUAAAUAUGUCUACAGAGCAGGAUAAAACAACUGAACUGGAUGAAAGCAUUCAACUGGAACGUGGAAAGAAUCUUUUUGAAAUUCAUAUCCACAAGGUCAACUUGUCAUUGGAUGGAGUGAAGGCAUUAGGUGACAAUGAUGUUGCCUUGUUUUGUACAUGGGAGUUUUAUGAAUUUGAAAUCCAAGCAACACCAGUUGUUCAUGGAGUUACGCCAGAAUUUGACUUCACUUCCCAAUACAUAGUCACAGUUGAUGAUUUUUUUCUGCAUUAUAUUCAAAAGGAAACUUGCACACUAGAACUACAACUUUCUUUUGGCCAGAGUUUUAAAACCUUGGCUGCAUGUCAGCUGAGAUUUCAUGACUUGUUUGAUCAUCCUCCUGGAAGGAUCCAUUGUACAGCUUUUCUCACAGGUGUUGAUAUGAAUAACCCUGGCAGUGGAUUUGGUACUGUUGAAUAUUGGAUCAAUCUCAGAGUUCCUAUGGAACAAGCUUUACGAUUAUACAAGGAACGAACAAAAGCACUUGGCUACAUCAAUGCUAAUAAUCAGAGCACAAUGAAGGCCUUGAAGGCCUUGGAUGAAGUGGCUGCAAUGAGACCUGCUGACAAUAUCAACCAACUACAUAUCAAAAUAAUACGAUGCAUUGGGCUGCAAGCACACAGAAAAGAUGUACAACCAUCUCCCUAUUGUGUCUAUCAGUUCUUUGACUAUGGAGAUCAUGAUAGUAUUAUUUUGCAUAGUACUAACAAUCCAGAAUUUAAUGAUCAUCACACAUAUCCAGUUGCUAUGACGACAACACUUGAUCAGUAUAUUAGGUCAUCAGAUUUGAAGAUCUUUGUGUUUGAUGAUACAGAUCCUACAGAAUCAAGUUUCUUGUGCAUGGCCAAUAUUCCCUUGAUUUCUUUGGUGCAUGAAAAUGAUAUAAGAGGUUUAUUUGAAUUGAGGAGAACAGACAACACAGUGAAUGGGCAAAUUGAGGUUGCACUAUAUUGGCAAGAUACAUACCUGCCUCCUCUGGCUGCUCCUUUACAAAUCCCAAGCCAAAUUCCAACCAUGCCAACUGAAAUUACUGAUCCUCCUUUGGCUACGCCCUUUGAUGAUGGCCACAUGCCAAGUAGUAUUAGCAACAGCAGCAAGACAUUAGCAAGAACUUCCAGUCCCAAACCUAAUGAAACAAUCUCAGGAUCAGGCGCUAUAACUACAGACUUUGAGACUGUUUCCAGUCUGUCCACAUCGAAAGCUAUGUCUAGCCAGAUUUCCACAUCAACACCAUUCCAGAACAAGCCAUUAAUGACUUCCACACCUGCAAUUCAUUCAGUGGUAACAACAGUUGCAAAUAAUAAAGAGGUGCGGAUAUCAUCUUCACAAAAUCAUCAACAGCAGCAGGAACUAGUCUCAUCAGUGCAACCAAAACAACAACAAUCUAUGCAGCAAUCUGUGAUGUCACCCCGUGCUGCUCCAAGAAAGUUAAAAUUUGCAACUGAGAAAAAACCUAGCUGUGAAUCAGUUGCUGAUAUUGAGCCUUUAGAAAAAUCCUUUAAUAAACAAGAAAAGAUGUCAAAAGACCAGAAAGUUAAAGUUGAAGAACCUCAUGUUCCUCAACAAAACAAUGAAAUUAUAGAAGAAGAAAUUGAAGAAUCAGUAAUUGAAGAAGCCUUGCCAGAAUCAAAAACAACCAGUAGCCUGUUCCAGCAACAGCAGCAGUUGGCACCACAAUCUAACAAAAUGGUUGAAAAUGAGGAUUCUGAUAGUGAGGGAUUAAUUAUUCCAACAGAAAAAGAUUCAAAGUCUUCAACUUUGAAGGACAAGGAAGGUGACACAGUAACUGUUGUGGUAUCACAUCUGACUUUGGAAAUAGAUUCAAAACCUGUUAAAAAUGAGAACGUGAAGCAACUCUAUGUAGAAUAUCGAUUCCUUAAUUACCCACCUGAAGAAUUGGAAACUCCUUAUCCUCUACCUAAACCCAAGAAUGGUCUGCCAGUCAAUUACCACUUCAGCAAGUGUUUUCAUGUAGAUUACCAAAACAAUUAUGAUAAACGCCAGUUUUUGGCCAGUAUGCUAUUACCAAAUGAUCCAGAUGAAGGAAGAAUUCGUUUUACUAUUGUAAGUGAGCCUGAAAAAGAAGCCCAAGGGGAGGAAUGUGAAGAAGUUGGUGUGGCUUAUGUUAGACUUUUGGAUAUUCUUCAUAAUAACAAAGAUGUUAUAGAUGAAGAUAUCAUCAUUUAUGACGUAGAAGAUGAACGUACUGUGAUUGGUUCACUAAAUGUUAGUAUUAUUUGUCUGGCUGCAUUACGGGCUGUUGACCAAGAAAUAGUCGAAAUUGGUGGUCAGGUGUGUUACGGUGAAUUACCAAUUGGUUUAAAAUGUUGUUAUGCAACACAUCCACGUGAUGCUCAUAUAUUUUUACAUCCAUCCAUCCAUCUAUCUAUCUAUCUAUCUAUCUAUCUAUCUAUCUAUCUAUCCAUCCAUCUAUCUAUCUAUCUAUCUAUCUAUCUAUCUAUCUAUAUAAACUUGCAAAAAUCUGUGAACGGAUCAGUCAUCGUCUCCCGCCUUUCUUUCCGCAUCCAUGGUAUUCCCAUCUUUCAACAACGUUUCACCCUCCCUUCUUACCUUUCAACGUCAAUUGCGAUGUCCCGAUCCACCGACCUGAUCAAGUCACUUUUUCACUCUCAAUACAUUUUAGUUCCUCACCACCUCUACCUCCGCCAUCUUCUUUCGUAUCUCUUCUUGCUCUUUUUCAAGUGUGCCCCACCCUGCAACGACCACCCGCCGGCAAUUCCUGCAUUCUCCAUCACCUGA